AUGGAUGUCCCAGAGCCAGAGCAGUCGCCCUUCACUGCGGUGUCCGCGCAAACCUCAAAACUGACGAGACAAUACCAAGCCUAUCUUGAUGCCUCGACUCCGUACACCACCUACCGCUGGGCCGCAACUGGUGGUCUACUAUUCCUCUUCUUCCUCAGAAUCGUCCUCGCCCAAGGAUGGUACAUCGUGGCUUAUACCCUCGGCAUCUACCUCCUGAACCUGUUCCUCGCCUUUCUCACCCCGAAAUUUGACCCCUCUCUCACCCAAGAUGAAGGUCUUGAAGACGGCGAUGCCAGCAACAGCCUCCCAACCAAGCAGGACGACGAGUUCCGCCCCUUCAUCCGCCGUCUCCCCGAGUUCAAGUUCUGGCACUCUGCCACCCGCGCCAUCGCGAUCGGCUUCGUGUGCAGCUGGCUCUCGGUCUUCGACAUCCCCGUCUUCUGGCCCGUUCUUGUCGUCUACUGGAUCAUCUUGUUCGUCCUGACUAUGCGCCGCCAGAUCCAGCACAUGAUCAAGUACCGCUACCUGCCUUUCUCCUUUGGUAAGACGCGGUAUGGACGAUCAUAA